AUGGACGAUAAUUACCGAGAAACGAUGGUCAAAUCUUUGAUAAUUACAUACUGGAAUCGCAAAAAUGUUUCGAAAAGCGUCGGCCUAUACGAUUGUCUCAAGCAAACGCACAAUAAAUUUAAACUGAAGUUGAAAGACAAACCAGCGUUCAAUAGAUUCUACAAAGAACGAAUUAACUUUAUAGCUCAAUUGCCUUCUGUCAAUGUACAUCUAAAAAAUAAAGCAAAAUCAGAGCAAAAUGACUUCAGAUUAAAUUCAACUUCUGAUAAAGUCAAUGACUUUUGGGAAGAGAUAGAAAGAAUAGACAAGGAGAAUAAAGUCCGAAAAGAAUAUAGAUCUUCGAUAGAUCAACAUUUGCGAGAAGAAAAAAAAUAUUUAAGUACAGUUCACCUCAAGGAACUACAGGAAGAUGAUGCUAUAAAUGAAGUUUAUGACGCAGAGGAAGAAAACGUUAGUACAGGAUAUAAAAGUGAUGAAGAUGAUGACCUCGACAUGGCAGAAAAUAUUAACAAUUGUUCUGAAACAAAUCGAGAAAAUAGUGAUGAUAAUAAAGGUUUUGGAGAUUCCGUGAUACCAGUUUAUGCGGACACUUUUGCAGAAAGAUUAGAAUGCCAACCAUCUUUGGGGCGUACUAGACGCUGGAUCUUACCCAGCGGAACAGAUGUUUCAGAGGUACUGGAGGAAUACGUGAAAACGGUUCCAGGAUGUCAAAAAUGCCUAAACCCCGUUUAUUGGGGCAUUCUAGACCUCACAGGUAAUCAUCCUGAGACGAAGUCGUUAUUUUCGGAAAAAGACUGGUCAGAUAUGGUUAAAAACUUUGAAGAAGAAGUUAGACUUUCGAAAACAACUGUUUCAGAUGCCGUGUAUUAUUUUUUUGAUGAAAUUGAUGAGAUCGUUAAGAAACACGAAGAUCCUGUAAUGGAAAUCGAUAAGUUCUUUCCGGAGAAGAUCGAAGAGAAGUAUAAUAUUAGAUUAAGCAUGGAAGAAAAAAGACAUAUUAUUUCCCUGAAGCAUGUCGUUAUCUCAUACAUUGAAAACCUUGAAAACUUAGAAUUACCAAUUUCGGAACAAGACUUUGACAGCUCUUUUUCUAACUUGCUUAUGAAAAAGUUUCUUGAUCAAAAGGAAGUUAAAAUUGACGUAGGAGAAAUAUGUUGCUGGGCAUCUGCACAACGCCGAAACAAAGGUCGUUCAGUAGUUCUACGCGCCAGGAUAGGCCAAAAAUGCGACUUUAAAGCAACAUUAAAGCAUAGUAUUGACAAAUUAGAAGCCUUAAUUGGCCUUCGGAGUGGAGGGCUUCCAGAGACCUAUCGGAAAAAGGUUAUUGAAGAUAAUAUUGAUCUGGCUGUUACUAUGAGAGAUAUUUUGUACAUGUUUUUUAUUUCAAACGAAAAUACUCCGGACGAUAAUUUACACCAAACAUUUAUACUUGGGAUCCAAUCUUGGGGGUGGACCCACGAUAUUUAUGGUAUGGAUUGUAAGGCAACGAAAGUUUGCAGAUUAGGGAGAUUACACAGAACCAAAAUGCCAAACACUUCUAGGACAGUCGCUUGUUUAGAAGACUUUUAUUUCGCUAUGUUGAGUGUGAAGAAUACCCUUAAAGAUAUUUGCGAACACGCUAAUAAUAAUGUUGCACUGGCCCAAGCUCGGGCACAUCGUAAUUUAAAAAGAAAAAUCGAUGAAGAAUCUAAAGUUGGAGGCUGCUUUGGAAGUAUUAAAUCAACGCCGAAGAAGGUUCAGACUGAAGAGAUAAUUUAG